ACUUUCAAUUCAUAGAUAUCACUGAUGGUUCUUAUUGUGAAAUUCUAUAUCCCUAUUCUGCUAGUUCCUCUGAAUACCUUGACUUGAUAUUUUGAUGCCUAUAUGUCGUCUAAUAAGAGUCUAGAUCCUUCCUUAUCAAAAAAGAUAAUGUCUAGAUUCUUUGAUAUUUCAAUAACUGUUAUGCUGAAGAUCUUAUAUGGUUUAGAAUAUAUGUUUGUUUAUGAGUUUUUGGAUCUAUAUAGAUGUUAGAGUAUAACGACCUAUGGGUUGUAUACUUAGCUGGCUAUUGAAAAUUGGUUUUUGAAGUUAUGAAGUAGCAAGUUUAAGUGUUGUGAAGUCAAAUGUUUGCAAAAUCUUAUUAGUAUCCUGGGUGAGCAGUUGCUAUGAAUUACGAUCUCACUCUCCCUGCUGCGAUUCACCAUCUAGGUACCCCGAUUGAGUAAUAGGCAUGGUGACGAGGUGCAUUGAUGAGAUUGUCUGAAUUCUUCAGUUAUUGAAAACCUUGUCAGGUGGUGCUUUGAUGGGUUGGGGUAUAUGGAAGUAACUUGCUUAUGCUGUGAAGCAAGUGAACCUUGAGAUUAACUAAGCACGCUCAAGAUUGUUACGUGUUGUGCUCCUUACUGUAUCUCAAAGUCAAAUUUCUGUAAUGCAGUCAGCUUGGACAAUCUGAAGCUGUGGCAUUGGAUUCCUGCGAUAAACAUUUGGAUGCUUGCUAAGGAACUUAUGUUGCCCGUCUUUAUUGAUGUUUCUUUGGCGAUCUCCCGUCAGUAUAAAUACGCUUAUCUUUAUCCAUGUCUACAUUAAAUCAUUCUCUCAACUUUAAGAGGAGCACUGGUCACAAAUUGAGACAUUAAUUUCCUUGAUGAGUACAAAUUUAUAUCAAACACACAUUAUGUAUUUUUUGGUGGUUAGAACUUGGAACAUGUUUCAAAUCAAAGAUCACUUGAUCUGGUAAAGAAGUGCUCCAAGUGAUUAUAUCAGGAUUGUUUGUGUUGACGAGCCUUGCUGGUACAAAGGUGGAAUUAAUCGAGGUGGGCGUAAGUUGAGUUAGUGAAAGGUCGCAGAUAUUCGGUAAAAUUAGUUACACUACCGAGUGGAAUAUGUCGAGGUGCCCGCGACCUUACACAAGCUGGCCCAUCACCAAAGCUAUAAAAAUAAAACAAAUUCAACACUACAUUUGAGCAAUCUAAAUAAAAGGCUUAUAUAUGUCAUAAUAAUUGCAUGAAUAUAAAUUCUCUCGUCUUGGUAUUUAGAUUUUGGCCAAGCAACUUCUGGAUUUGAUAUGAUGUAUUUGUACAAAAUCGUCGAGAAUGCUACUCUUUUUGCAAGAGUCAGAUAGAGUAGCAUGUGAAGUACCUCACACCACUAUAAAAGAUUUACCUUUUGCAAAAGGUGCUCCCAAACUGAAGUGUAGGUUAAUGGAGCAUAGAUUAUUUGCCAUUAAGCAAUAUCCAGCAUCCAUGCAUUUCUGCAAUUUGUAUAUGAUCCCUCCGUCCUUAGAGUCUCUGCCACUAGAUUCCAGCUCUAGAAAUGAAGAAACUCCAAUAAAAGAGCAUUUCAUCCCUUGCUAAAUUCUAUCAAAGCAAGUUUCUUCUCUGGCGUCACACGGCCUAGUUGAGUUUUAAGCCUUCCUUCGCAGGAGUUCAACCGCUCUACAGACCUCCGGCCACCCUCUUAAAAGAAGUAAAGGUCAAUUACUCGUUUACUGCAAGCUGCAAUUUGCAUCUUUUUAGUCAAAUCAUGAACCUUUUUUCCCUUACCAAUGCGCGCUUAUGAACUGUCUAAGCAACGGCUGCCUCCAAGUGAGAGCCAAUCUUGCCAACCACAGCUUCCAAAUAUGGAAAUGGUCCAUGUCCAUGGCAGAAAAAUGCACCAAUUUGCGCCAACUCAAAGCCAUCCACGCCAUUUACAUUACCCUCGGUCUUCACCGCAAUACUUACGCCGUAAGCAAGCUCCUCGAUUUUUGUGCGCUCUCAAAUUCCGGCGACCUUCCUUAUGCCUCGCGGAUCUUCGCCCAGGUUCAAAUUCCCAAUACGUUCCUGUUCAACGCCCUAAUCCGGGCUUACUCUCGCAGCCCCCAACCCCAAUUUUCCCUCAAUUACUUCAAUCUCAUGUUACAAACCAACAACACUGCGGCUCCGGAUAGCUUUACAUUUCCCUUCCUCCUCAUCGCUUGCGCUAACGGUCCUUUGGAGGCGGAGGGUAAACAAAUACACAGUUGGGUAGUUAAGAAUUCCUUUUCCGUGUCAAACGCGCAUGUACAGACUGCGUUAAUUCGGUUUUACACUAACUGCAAAGCAUUGGAUGAUGCUCGUAAGGUGUUCGAUGAAAUUACUGACGUUGAUGUUAUUCAAUGUAAUGUUAUUAUGAGUGGACACCUUCAAUGCGGACUAGCAAAGGAGACAUUGAGUAUUUUUCAAGAUAUGUUGGGGCGUGGAGUUGGUCCAGAUGAGUACUGUGUUACCACAGCACUUGCGGCCUGUGCUCAUUUAGGUGCUCUUGAGCAAGGAAAAUGGAUUCACGAGCAUGUUACAAAGAGUGAGUGGCUCGAAUCUGAUGUUUUUAUUGGCUCUGCUCUUGUUGAUAUGUAUGCUAAGUGUGGGUGUAUUGACAUGGCUUCUGAGGUAUUUGAGAGCAUGCCGACGAGGAAUAAGCAUUCAUGGGCAACAAUGAUUCGAGGGUUCGCUGUCCAUGGUCGUCCUGAGCUAGCAAUAAGCUGUUUGGAGAGGAUGCAGGUGGUUGACGGUCUUAAGCCUGAUGGUGUUGUCAUUCUUGCAGUUUUAGCAGCAUGUGCACAUUCAGGGCUUCAGAAAGAAGGUCAAGUUUUGUUGGAUGGGAUGGAAUCUUCAUAUGGUGUUGCACCAGAACAUGAGCACUUCAGCUGUGUAGUGGACUUGUUAUGCAGGGCAGGGCGAUUGGAUGACGCACUUAAGCUUAUUAGAAGGAUGCCAAUGAAACCGCGGGCCUCAGUUUGGGGCGCAUUGUUGAGUGGUUGCCGAAAUCACAAUAACGUGAAUCUGGCAGAAGUUGCUGUCAAAGAGAUUUUGUUGGUAGAAGAUGGCAAUGAAGCUGAAGAAGAUUCUGCUUAUGUUCAACUAUCAAAUAUAUAUUUGGCAGCUCGACAAUGUGAUGAUGCACGUCGAAUCAGGAGGAGGAUUGGUGACCGAGGGCUCAGGAAGACACCUGGAUACAGUGCAAUUGAGAUUGAUGGGAUGUUUAAUGAGUUUAUAUCUGGAGAUGUUUCCCAUACAUGUCUAGCUGACAUUCAUAAGGUGCUUGAUCUAACAUAUCUAGAUCCCGAUUUCGACAACCUAAUAUAGCAUGAGCAAGCUUAAUUGUGUGCCACAUAGGAUAUCAUGAAUAUGGGACAUCAUAUUGUUGUAAGGGGUAUUUAUUUGGAAAUCAAUUGACCAGCAACUCACUCUUUUGAGCAGAGGUGCACAAUUAUUUUUAUAAAUGAUGCUAAAAGUAUUAACAUGUAAA